UCCAAAGAUUUGUCUCCAACUUCAAUUAUCAGAGUAGGCGUUUUUUUGCAGUUCAAGCUCUAAAAUGGAAAUUUCUGCAGAGAUUCAAGAAGGUUUGCAGUUGGCUGGGAGCUCUGCUAGAGUACAAGAUAAAGCCUUUGAGCCAUUAUUGCAGAAAAUAUUCUCAGACGUGUCGGAACCUGGUAGUAAUGAAGAUGGUGAUGGAGCAGUGUCAGCUAUCGAACCAGCAGUCUUGAAGGAAAGCUAUGCCUCCCUGUAUACACUGGUGUUAGAAGCAGCUAAACAUGAUGCAGACAACAGUUCCAUCAGCUCCAUCUUAGAAGACAAUAAGUUCAGUCAGGAUAGGAUCGAUGCCUUCCUCAAGCAUUUCCAGGAGAAGAAGCAAGAGAUAAGAUCCAUGCUGAGCAACAUCGGUCACACUCCUCCUCAUAUCGUUGAUGUGGAUUGGCGGUUAGACUUCUAUCUAAAGAACAAGCACAUCGAUAAGAUCAAUCAGCCGACCUAUCUGAUAAACCUCAAGACAGAGCAGGGUCAUCGAGGUGCCAAAGAUAUACAGUUUAGCUGUUCGCUUGAACAGUUACAGGACCUAGUUGGAAAACUGAAGGAUGCAACAAAAAGCCUAGAAAAAGCAGCUCAAGGCUCAUAGCAGUACAACCUUUUAGAUGUAAAUAUACAGAGAGUAGUUUUAUACGGGCGAUAGCUGAGGAUAGUAGAACAAUAUCUUAUAAUAUUACACGCAACUUAUGAUAAUUCAUUCCAAGGUUUCUCAAACCAUUAGCAUUUAAAGAUGUUUUUCAAGAAAGCUAAGAUUCAAACUGUCAACAUUUGAGAAACGACAAACAAUGGUCAACAGUGAAAAUAUAAUAUAGUUACAAUUUCAUCCUCCAGAAAUAGGGAUGUUUGGUCUCUUCAAAGGCAUGGUGCAUGUAAGUUAAAUUAUAGAUCUUUGUGUCUCUUUUAAAUUAAGGUGAUGUUGAGUUCUGGUCACUUGUUUACAUUGUGAGGUUCUGGAAUUGUAAAAACUAUAAGAAAUUGGCCCAGUCUUGAUAAAAUUCACAUGCCCUGUACAUAGAAAUGUGUAUAUAUGACUACACAAACAGGUGGCAUGAAAGUGUGGUCGACAACAUUUACCUAUUACUUGUCGUUUGUUGAACUUGAGGUUAAUUGAAGAGCCAUCUGUUUCAGUGGACAUUUUUCUUAUCUUACUCUUCAUCUCUGAUAUAAAAAGAAUAGAAAAGAUCUGACAAUUAUUUUUCAACUUCUCCAAAAGUCAAACAUUCUCUAUAACGCCAGAUGCAGGCAAGUUUGUGAUUUUUAUGUGCUCUUUCCUUUGUACUAGAAGUAUCAGGUAGCUUCUGUAUGAAAUCCAAUAAAAUACGCAAAAUAUGUUUUGACAUGUGUUACUAAGUGACGUUUAAGUGACUAGUAGUGUAUCGAAACAGAUGUA